AUGGUUGGCAGUAAUUUCUUAAAUUGCAUGAUUGAGUGCUUGAAGCGCGUGAGGGAGGACAAGCGACAUUUGCCCUUCGGCGGCAUUCAGGUCAUCGUCACCGGGGACUUUUGCCAACUAGCCCCUGUCAAACCUUUUCAGCCCUGCUAUGUUUGCGGCGCCCUGACCAAGUUCAACAAGUCUGAUGGCCUGCAUACUUGUACCAAGUCCAGGGAACACGGGCCAUGGGCUGACGAGGACAAAUGGGCCUUCAGAAGCAAUGCUUGGGCUGAGGCCAAUUUUGCCUGUUUCAAUUUGACAGACAUCCAUCGUCAGAACGACCCCACUUUCAUCAAAAUCCUGCAGAAAUGCCGGCUUGGGAUCCCCUUCACUGAAAACGAUAUAGACCUCCUCAUGAAUCACGACUGUGAAGUUGAAAAUGCGCCACAGCUCCUUUGCACCAGAGAAGAGGUUGACCCGAUUAAUCACGCCAAGUUUCAAGAGAUCACAGAGUAUGAACCAAAGCGGUAUACAGUCCUUGAUGGCUACAAGUGGAAUGAGAAACUGAAAUGGGAGAAGGACAAGUAUAGUGCAAGUCUUGAAGACGGAACAUUGGCUGUGCACAAGGAACAUCAACUCGACCCGUUCGUCAACCUCAAGCAAACAAUGCAAGUCAUGCUCCAAGUAAACCUCGAUAUCAGAGCUGGACUCGUCAACGGAAGUCAAGGCGUUAUUUGCGGCUGGGAGAGAAUCGACCUGGCAAAACUGCCUGUACUCCAAGGAGAGUACUCGAACGAAAGGGAAGCCCUUGCUCGAGCCUUUACUGCAAAGCACAUACAGCUUCACCCCGACAAGAAAGAUCACGUCUGGCCACGCGUGCGCUUCAGCAAUGGGCGCGUCCGCACGAUCUAUCCCUGGUGUGUGAUCACUCCCGUUGGUGAAUUCAGGCCUUAUUCCCUCCUGCAACGAACACAGAUUCCGCUUAUACCUGGUUGGGCUAUCACCAUCCACAAGAGCCAGGGAAUGACUCUCGAACGCGUCAUCGUCAAUCUGAGUAGGGCUUUUGCAGAGGGGCAGGUCUACGUCGCGCUAUCGAGAGCGACAUGUCUCCGGGGUCUGAAGGUAGAAGGCGAAGCGCGGGGAAUAACCGUGGGGGAGGGAGGGAACGAGGAGGUCCGUCAGUUUCUUACAGACACUUUUGGUACUGAGACUUUUGAAGAGCUUGAGGAUGAGGAACAUGAAGAAUCUUAG